UUCUCAAAGUCCUCUUUCAUUCGUUCACUCAUUCAUUUCCUAGAUUCGAAUUCAGUGACAAGCGUUGAUACGGCUUCGUAUCGGCUCCGUUCGUUAGCCAGCCGGUUGCAUCGCCUUUCCAUUUAUAACGUCCCCGCCUCCCCUCAAACCACCCUCUCUUCUCUUGCUUCUUCUCUUCUCAAAUUGUAAAUCCUUUCUGGUUUUCAGUGUUCAAGGUUUCACUCUUUAGCGAAUCUUGUUUUUUCCUUCUUGUCGACAUCCUUCUCCAUUUCAUUUGCUUCCGGAGAUUGUUCUUUUGUCAGUGUUCGUUGACGGUCAUCUAAGUGGAGCGUUUCGUUCAUAUUCGUGCGGGCUCGAUCUUGUUUCACGCGGCUUGUUUUCUCCAGCAUCAAACGAGUUUGUUAUUGGGCACCCUGUGAAGAACUGUGAGAGAGAUGGUUGCCUUCGGGAAAAAGUUAAAAGAAAGACAAAUCCAAGAAUGGCAAGGAUAUUACAUAAACUACAAAUUGAUGAAGAAAAAAGUUAGACAAUAUGCUCAACAAAUUGAACUUGGAACACAAGAUCGGCGGCAUGUACUCAAGGAUUUCUCAAGAAUGCUAGAUAAUCAGAUCGAGAAGAUUGUCCUUUUCCUGUUGGAACAACAAGGGCUUUUGGCAAGCAGGAUAGCUGAGCUUGGAGAGCAGCAUGAUGCUCUUCAGAAGCAGCCUGAUAUAUCCAAAAUGUCUGAACUACGAGAAGCUUAUAGAGCUGUGGGAUUAGAUCUCUUAAAGCUUCUAUAUUUUGUUGAGAUCAAUGCUGUUGGUUUGCGGAAGAUUCUGAAGAAGUUUGAUAAACGUUUUGGUUACAAAUUCACUGAUUAUUAUGUUAAAACUCGAGCGAACCAUCCUUAUUCACAACUGCAACAAGUGUUUAAGCAUGUGGGGAUAGGAGCUGUGGUUGGAGCCUUAUCUCGCAAUCUUCAUGAACUCCAGGACCGUCAGGGGAGUUACUUAUCAAUUUAUGAUCAGCCUACUCUUCCCCUUCAGGAUCCUGUCGUUCAUUCAAUAAAAGCAGCUGUAGACAGGUUGACUCACUCAACAAACUUCCUCAACUUUAUGGCACAACACGCAUUCAUUAUGCAAGAAGAACUACCAACUCCUACUGAGGAACAUGUUGAUGAUCAACGAUACAAUUUCAUGUCACUUCUUCUGAACUUAGCUAACACAUUUUUGUAUAUGGUCAACACAUAUAUUAUUGUCCCUACCGCAGAUGAUUACUCAAUGAGCCUUGGAGCUGCAGCAACUGUUUGUGGUAUUGUGAUUGGGGCAAUGGCUGUUGCGCAAGUGUUUUCUUCCGUGUAUUUCAGUGCAUGGUCUAAUAAAUCGUACUUCAGACCUCUUGUAUUCAGCAGCAUAGUGCUUUUUGUGGGCAACACUAUGUAUGCAUUGGCUUAUGAUCUCAAUUCAAUAUGGGUUCUCUUACUAGGUCGUCUUUUUUGUGGAUUGGGUUCUGCCAGAGCUGUUAACCGGCGUUACAUCAGUGAUUGUGUCCCUCUUAAAAUCCGCAUGCAAGCAUCAGCGGGUUUUGUAAGUGCCAGUGCUCUUGGAAUGGCUUGUGGCCCUGCAUUAGCUGGAUUACUGCAGACAAAUUUUAAAGUUUACAAGCUCACCUUCAACCAAGACACCUUGCCUGGGUGGGUUAUGUCUGUUGCUUGGCUGGUAUAUUUAGUUUGGUUGUGGAUCACUUUUAAGGAACCUGUCCAAGAAGUUGAAGAGAAUCAUGUACCUCAUCAAUCUAAUGCUGCAGAAAAUGACUCUCUUGAAGAAGGUGUUAAACAACCUUUGCUGAUCACUUCAGAACGUAAGGAAGAUGAAGAUGCUGAUCAGGACUUUGAUGAUAGUGAAGAAGCUCCAGAGGAAUCCCGUAGGCCUGCCACUUCAAUUCGAUCAGCAUACAGACUACUUACACCAUCUGUAAAGGUUCAAUUAUUAAUAUAUUUCAUGCUCAAAUAUGCAAUGGAGAUUUUAUUAUCAGAAUCUAGUGUCAUCACAACAUACUACUUCAACUGGUCAACAAGCUCGGUAGCAAUUUUUCUUGCUUGCCUUGGCUUGACAGUUCUUCCGGUUAACAUUGUGGUGGGAAGCUAUAUAAGCAACAUGUUUGAGGACAGGCAAAUUCUGUUGGUCUCAGAAAUUAUGGUUUGCGUCGGCAUACUCCUGAGCUUCCAUGUAUUCUUUCCUUACACCCAGCCACAAUAUAUCUGUUCAGGUCUCCUUAUGUUUGUUGCCGCCGAAGUCCUUGAAGGAGUCAACCUGUCACUGCUUUCCCGGGUGAUGUCAUCGAGGCUUUCUCGCGGGACCUAUAAUGGGGGGCUAUUGUCAACAGAGGCUGGGACGCUUGCAAGAGUGGUGGCUGAUGCAACCAUUACUCUGGCUGGCUAUCUGGGAGUGAGUAGGCUCCUUAAUGUCACCCUUCUUCCUUCUCUAUUCAUCUGCAUUAUCUCCAUCAUCGCCACCUGCUAUACCUACAACUCUCUCUAUUAAAUUCUGUCUCUCCUCCAUGGGCUUCAGUUCGACGUCCCCUUUUCUACUCGCUGGCCUUCAAUGUAAUAUCCGGCCAGGUUCUGACAAAGCUCACCAGUCACUUUCCUCUUUCAGAAUUCGUAAUUUUGUUCCCAUUCAAGUUCCCUGGGCUCCAUAAAGUUGCAUAAUUAGCCUCAUUUAUGUACGUCAUGCAAAAGCUGACUUGUUAUUAUUUUGUAAGGUAUUUCAAUAGAUUUUUUUUCCUUUGAUCAA